AAGGCCGCGCCGCUUCCGCUUCCCGCUCGGCAGAGCCCAGCGCUUCAGGAACGGCCCGGGCACUUCCAGCGGGCCAGGCUCGGGAUUCGCCCCCUGCCCCGCCGCUCAUCACGUGCGACAGCCAGGAAAAAGCCCCAAUGAAAGCGCUUUAACCCGUCUUUUGAGAGAGAGCUCCGGGGCGGGGCUGGGGCGGGAGUGGCCCCUCGGCGCCUGCGCGCGGUUUCGGUUCGUGCGGCGGCGGCGUGGGGAGCGCUCGGAGCGGGCCGGGUGCGGCGGUGCUUGCGGGGCCAUGGCUCCCGUGCUGAACCUCAACAACGAGGUUGUGAAGAUGAGAAAAGAUGUGAAGAAGGCCAGAGUCCUCACUAUUCGCAGACUAACCAGACACAUCGGGAAAUUAAAAUCUAAAAAGGGUUCAGAAGACUUGAAAUUAAAGAAUCAAAAACGAGUUGAGAGAUUAAUAGAAGAAAUCCAUGCCAUGAAGGAAAUAAAACCAGAUGAAGUUACCAGACUUGCUCUUAGGACAGAAGUUAAUUUUGAAAGUGUCUGCAAAAAGCCAAACUGUACUGCAGUUGAGCGAGCCAUGGCAAGACUUGCAACACACCCCACCUUGAAGCCCAGAUUUGUUGAACUUAAAGCUGCUGUUAAAGCUUUUAAGGAUGCAAGAAAGAACCCAGACAAAGCCACUCCUAUGAAAAAGGAUCCAUCAGAAGAACAUCCUGAAUCAGCACAACAUUCCAAUAGCAACUUGGAUGGCCAAGCUUCUAAGCAGCCUCGAAAACAGCAAGAAUGUGAACACAAAACAAAACCAGGCAUGAAAAUAGAAAAUGACAAGGUGGUUGAAGAGAUCUGUGAAAGUGAAUCUGAGGAGAAGACUGUGGAAAUGGAGAGAGCAUAUGCUCCAAAAGAACCUUUAUUUCAGGCAGUAGAAAUGCAAACAGUUGCUCAAAACAGAACAGGAAAGAAACUUGACUAUCAAAAAAGGAAAGAAAAUAUGAGCAUGAACAAAUUAAAUGCAAUAAAAGAAAUAACUGAUGAUAGUGACCAAGAGCAUCCCAGUGAAAAGGAGUACUUUGAUGAUAGUACUGAAGAGAGGUUUUAUAAUGAAUCAUCAGAUUCUGACAGUGACAGCAAUGAUGAUUUCUUCAUUGGCAAAGUGAAAAAAAAGAAAAAAACAGCAGCAGUUAAUUUUUCUUCAACAAAAGAAAAAGGUAGCGUUCAGAAAAAUGUAGUGAAGACAGAAAAGAGUGCAAUGUCUGGGACAGCUCAAGAUUUCAUCAUGGAAGAGAGAAAGCCACUUGCAAAAGCAAGCAAGCUGGAGUCAGUGUUCUGCAGUUCUUUGUCUACCACCAAUCAGAAAUCUCAGAACAGAAAAAGAAAUACUAAAGACCAGCCUCUCAAAAAUGAAAGAACAGGUUUUCUUAGAGAUGAAACAAAGCUCAAGAAGAAACCACUUGCAAAAGCUUCAGGGGGUAUUAAAUGCAACAAUAAGAAAGCGCAGUCGGAGCAGCCUCUUCAUCCUUCAUGGGAAGCAAGCAGGAGACGCAGAGAGCAAACGUCUCAAAUUACAGCAUUCCAGGGGAAAAAGAUUAAAUUUGAUGACUAGACUGUAUGUAAAUGGAGGUCCAAAGAAAAUUUUUUUGCAACUGCUGUUUGAACUUCUUUUUUGUACUGACCAUAUCCUUUGCAACUUGCAAAGUUGCAACUGGUAUUAUUUGCCAUUUUGAAAUAUCAAGAUUGUUUCAUUCAUUCUGUGUCCUGUCUGUUGAUUAAUGUAAUGGCCAUUUGGUGUUGGUUCAUAAGUCCCAUUAUGUAGUGCCACCAUUCAUGAAACGUACCCUAAAGUGAAUAAAUGGUUUUAAGGAACAUAAUUUGUCCUGUAAGAAUAGUACGGAUUCUUUGAAGCGGGUUUGGAAGGCUUUUUUUCGUAUGUAAAAAAAUGUACUUUAUGCGAGAAUUUGGUUGUCAAAAGAAAGGUUCUACAUAUCAUCUCAGCUGAGACAAAGUAAAAGAUUUGUAAGCUUGAGACUUCAUAAAUUCAUCAGUGUAUUGGGUAGCUGGAAAAGUCAAUCAGUUGUAAGCAUAAUAUGAAAAUUUCUGGAGAGAAUAAAAUAUGCUUUUAAAUUGUGA